GUGCAUUUAAAAUUUGAAAUGCGAACGAUCGAACAGAGUGGAAUUUGGCGGGAAUGGAAGGGAGUGAGAGUGAGUCCGUUUUCGAUUCGCUUAAUCUGAAUCCUCAACUCUUCUGUAACGAAGUUCUCAACAAUGUCGACGACGUACUUGACCAAGCUUUCGAUUUCUUCUACCAGGACACAUCGGCGAAGCUGAACAUCGAAGGGACACAAAGGUCGCAAGAUCUGAGAAAGGGUGUUGAUUGCGUUCGGCAGAGGGUUCAAUCUGUUUUGGACAAAAAGCUUAGUGCUUGGGAAAAUUACGUUCUCCGUCACUGUUUUGCUCUUCCCCAAGGUUUUCGUAUGCCUAACACGGAUGAAUCAAGUGAGAAUGGCCUUGAUCCAGAUGCUCCUUUUGAUCGAGAUUUAGAUGCUCAGUUAGAUUCGUUGAGAGAAAAAUUAACUAAGGUGGGGAAAGAGUCUGAAAUGCUUGAUCAAGAAAUUCAAGCAUUAGAAAGGAAAUCUUCUAUUAAUGCUGGGUGUAUCAUUGAAGCAGUAAAAUUAUAUGAGCAAAAUUCUAUACAUGAGUUGUUUCGGGAGCUUGCGACAACUGCCUCAGAACUCGGAAUGAAGAUGGGAAAGCUAAAGACCAACAUGAUUGAAGAGACUGAACAAAUGAAAACAAAAAGGAUUUACAGCACUGAAACGGAUCUAUCAGCUAUAAAUCCUGCUAAAGGCCUCUCAAAUGUGAAGUUGGCUGAUCUUGAAGAAUUUGUAACUUUUAUGAAGAUAGUUCCUAAAUGAGUGUAUGAAGCAGUUCCACAAUGGUUGAAGACAGCAUAUGUUUGGUUCUCCCUUCGGCC